GCCCUUGAGCGGAAUCGGCUCCCUUCCGAGCAGCCACAUGAGCCUUCAAAGCAGAGACAAACUUCAGAGGGCGUGGGUCAGCUUCUCGCAGAGCAGGUGGAGUUGGCAGACGUCGUAGUGGUGAACAAGAUCGACCUGGCCAGUGAGGACGAGCUGAACACGACCCUGCAGGUGGUGGAAGCGCUGAACCCCAAAGCGGGAGUUUGCCAGACUAGAUUCGGCCAAGUUGCUGUCGUCACUGUGCUUCCACCCGUGCCUGACGGACUUCGCGUGCAGCUCCAAGGCGGUGGCGACGGAUACUCAUGGACGCAGACUGCAUCUGAAAUCCACAUCCGCAUGCCUAUCCCACAGCAUGCCCGUGGAAAGGACAUUGACUGGGCCCUGGGCAAGCGCAUGCUCAAGCUCGGCUUGAAAUCCGCUCCUCCGGUAGCCGCUGGCCAGCUUGCAGGACUGGUGAAGAACGUCAGCGAGACGGUCUUUGAGAUUGAGGGGCAGGGUACAGAGCGCGCUGUACUUCUCUCCCUGGAGAAGAAGCUGCCUGGCAUGUGGGCCGGGCUCUGGAAAGACAAGCUGCCAGCCUGCGGCCACCCAACGUGCAACGCGAACUGCGCGCACACUGAGCCGAC